AUGACGCCUGAAUCUUCAGAGCUACUAUCAAAGUUACUCAAAACUUUAGAAGACAGAACAUUUGAUUCAGCAAUAAUUGCGGAUUCGAUUGCAAGUUUGAGUGGAGAUACAUCUUUGCAUGAGGAUACGGACGGCUCUGGGCUUUCCCCAACCUUGAAACUACUGGCCCCAAAGCUACUCGAUGUUACGAAAGAUACAAGCGUCACUAUUGACCAACACAAAUCUACUUUGAAUCUAUGGGAAGCACUAUUUAGCAAUCUGACUUUCAACUGUAUUAUAGAAGAAAUCCCUUUGGUGUUCAUUUUGGAUUCUAUCAACAGUGGCAAUUCUGAUCUGGUGCUUCUGGCGAUCAAAGUGGUUCUGAAAGCCGAUCCUAUUGACUCCAUUGCAAACACUUCGAUAAUAAAACAUUUAAUCAGUUUGUUGGGUGUUGAGGAUACUCCAGUUUCUGUCGUUAAUGGAAUAGAAAAUUUCAUCAACAUAGCCCUGUUAACUGGUGGAGACUUAAUCAAGAGACGAUUUACAUCCACAGAAAUCAUUUCCAUUCUUCUACAAAUGAAGCGUAACGAGUCUGAAACCAUCCAGGCUAGACUUUAUGAGGUAGUGUUUGUUUUACUGACCUACACCAAGCAGGAAGAGAUCCCCCAAGACCUGUAUUUGAUAACAGAAAAUCAAUUUAAUUCACUUAAUGAUAUUCUCCUUAAAAGUCUGAUUAUUCAAUUUUAUACCCGUCUUUUGAAACUUGCACAUAAUUCAGAUCACUCAAAGGAUUGGUUAUUGCGAAAAAUUAGACCGCAAUACCAGUACAUUUUGAAAUUAUUCUUUGACCCAGAAUACCAUGGUGAAGAAAAGUUUCUGCUAGUACCUGAAGCUGUAAAGACCAUUGCCACUUUGUCUUACAUAAACGAUGGCGAAGUAUUCAACAAUCUUGAGGAAAAGCACUCAAUUCUUUCAACAGCCACUGACUCGUUCUACGGCGACGGUUCCGUUCUAUUACUAUCUGAUAUUAACCCCACUGUACUAAUUCCAAAAUAUCAAACAUUCAUUUCAAGUUUGCCUCUCAGGGCUUCAUUAAUUCCAAUCAUCAAAAACUUGAUUACCACACCAGAAACUUUCAGUUUCCUUUCAUUGCCUACCACCUCCCUUCGGAAUUUGCCCAUGUUGGAAUUGUUUGAUAUUCUAGCCUCAGUAUCUGCGUUCGAAUAUAGUUCGCAAGUUCUACUUCACGAAUGGCCCUCUAUCAUGAGGAAUUUGCUGGACGAGAAUGUCAGCAUUACUGAACCUGAAGUGAGGUUUUUGAAACGUCAAAUACUUGAAAACUUGCUCCAAUAUAAUGCCUCUGUUCUUGGUAUUUGGAGUACUCAAAUCAAACGGGUCCACCGAGAACUCAUAUCCGGGAAAAGGUUAGAGGCUCAACCGGUUCUAGGCGACUCUGUUUCCUGA